AUUUCGUUUUCCCCCUUCAGUGCGGACCUGUUAUUCAACAAGUACUUGUUCCGGUACCAAAUGCAGCAUGUUUGGAAGUUUAGUUAGAAAUCGAAAUGGCCUGUCAAAACUGACAGAUUUUGGUAUUUCUUCGCUUAAGUCAUUCAAAGGUCUGCCAUGUGCUGUUACGCAGGUGGCCACACUCAUGAAGCUUGAGGAUCCUCCAACAUAUGACCAUGUGGAGUUUCCUGAGAGGAAGAGGUUGAGGUUCUACGAGAAAGUCCCUCAGCUACAGCAAGGUGUGCGGGCACCAAAAACUCCGAAAGAUCUCCAUCUGAUGCGAGGCCCAGACAAGCUCCACAACAAGCUGCAGUAUGGGCAAUACGGCAUUCAGGCAUUGACUGGCGGCAGGCUCCGAUGGGGCCACUACGAGGCGCUGCGUCUGACGAUCGGUCGAAGGAUGGAUGAAUCGAGGAUGUUCGCCAUCUGGCGCAUCGACCAGCCGUGGAAGUCUGUGUCCAAGAAGGGGAUCGGUACACGGAUGGGAGGAGGGAAGGGCAACAUCGACCACUACGUGUACCCAUUACGAGCCAACAGGAUCCUUCUGGAAAUGGGGGGGAAAUGUGAAUUUAAGGAAGUAGAGAAAAUCUUGAAACCUCUAGCCAAAAUCAUGCCUUUUCGAGCCCGUGUUGUGAGUCAUGAGAUUCUUGCAGAGGAAGCUAAGCAGGAAGCAUUCAUGAAGAGGAACAAUAUCAACCCUUUUACCUUUCAGCACUGUGCUCAGCACAACUUCCUGGGGUGCAGGACAUGGAUGAGUCCCUAUGACUUCCAGUGGCAUGGCAAAUAUAGAUGAUGAUGAUGAUGAUGCUGGCAGUUUUUGAAACACAUGCGACUCUACUAGCCCUCGAGACCCGUGAACAUUUGGGGGUAGAACAGGUCUUCAGCAACCCAUGCUUGCCGUAAAAGGCGACUAUGCUUUUAGUAAAAGGUGACUAACGGGAUCGGGUGGUCAGGCUCGCUGACUUGGUUGAUCAUGUCAUUGAUCCCAA